AUGAGUGAGGAGGAAGUAGUGAAUAUUGAAGAGAAAACGGAGUCUUCUUCAAUUAGCAAGCCUUUGUUGAGGCUUAAGCUAUUAGAUUCUCUUCGUCAAGGUGAGUUUUCUAAGUUGAAUCAACUAAUUCAGUCAGCUGAUUUUCAGCCUUUGAAUAACCCAGCUGUGCAAGAAGUUGUUCAACUAACCUUACAUUAUGCUGUGCAGGUUGCGCCUUUUGUAUUGAUUAGGGACAUUGUAUCGAACUGGUGUAACAAGCCUAGUUCGUCUAAAUCUGAUUCUCAGUUGGUUGAGCUGGAUAUAAACAAGCAAGAUUCUGAUGGUAACUCGUCUUUGCAUUUAGCAGCGUUACAAUCACGUGGUGAUGUUGUACAACUGUUGAUGAAUCAUCGAAAAAUCAAUGAUUGUAUCAUUAAUAAUGCGCAUUUGCAGCCUAUUGAGAUGUGUAAGAACUUGAACAUUGCACAGUUGAUGCAAGUCAGUAGGGCUAACUAUGUUGCCGAGAUCGCACACGAGUUCAGGUUAGCCUUCGAUAACAGGGAUUUUGCGCAUUUGGAAUCGAUAUUAAGCAAUCCGAGAAAUUCUGAGCUGUUAGAUAUUAAUGGGAAUGAUCCGGAGACAGGUGAUACUGUAUUGCAUGAAUUUGUAAAGAAACGCGACGUGAUGAUGUGCCGUUGGAUUCUGGACCACGGCGGUGAUCCAUUUAAGAGAGACAAGAGGGGCAGAUUGCCUGUAAAUUCUCUUGGUAAGGUGCCUGUUGAGAAAGAUGCUACCUCAUCCGAACAUACUAAGACUGCAGUGGAGACUGAGAUCAAAUUAUUACUGGAUAAGGCUGCUAGGGAACAAAGUGUCAUAGAUGUCACAAAUAAUCUUCACGAACCACCUUCUUACAAGGGCUAUCUACGUAAAUGGACCAAUUUCGCACAGGGUUAUAAACUGCGUUGGUUUAUCCUAAGUUCCGAUGGAACAUUAUCCUAUUACAAAGAUCAAGAAGACACGGGGAAUGCUUGUCGUGGCUCGUUAAAUAUGUCCACGUGUUAUUUACACCUAGAUUCAAGUGAAAAAUUAAAGUUCGAAAUCAUCGGCGGCAGCAACGGCACUGUGAGAUGGCAUUUAAAGGGUAAUCACCCAAUAGAGACAAACAAGUGGGUAUGGGCAAUUCAAAGUGCAAUUAGGACAGCAAAAGACAGAGAAAUCAUAGUUCGUGGAACCUCCCAUUCUGCUGCUUUGGAACAACAACAGCAGCAGCAGCAUCCACUACCAGCGCUGUCACCACCACCACCACCAGGAGCCCAGCAACAAACUCCUCAGCCACCACAACAACUAAAUGGAUCUAACAUUCCUAUCUCUAAAAUGCUUGCAACCGCAUCGGCAACGACUUUGACGUUAAACAGCAAAAUAUCAUCCGAUAACUUCAAGUCCUUACAAAAUUACGAUCAACGUCGUCACAUCCAAGAACAAGCAAGCCGCUUGCGUUCUGACUCAGGAUCCUCGUCGCCCUCUUCAAGCGACCUUGAGCUAAACGACAAUUUGACCCACUCAGGUCGGCAAUAUGUGGCAAAAGUUAAACAUAAUAAGAAUUGUUCAAGAAGCGUGAGCGGUUCCAGUUCUUUAACACACUCUGGUAAUGAAUCUUACCAUGGCUCUCAAAAACUUACUCACGAAAGUGUCCUGAUGGAGGAUCCCACAUUAUCACAUGGAAAUCUCGGAAAUAUGCCCAGUUCUUUGGUAUUAAGAGCUGAAGAAGAUUAUGAGGAAGAAGAGGAGGAGCCCGAAGAUCUAUUAGUUAACGGCAAACCCCAAUCCGCCAUAUACGAGGAAGAGGAUGUAAAAAUGACGUAUGGUCCAUUUUCCCAGGAACUCUCUAUGUUACAGAGGUCAAUUGUGAUCGAAAUUACAACCCUAAAUGAGCUGUUGGAUGAUGGUCAUGCUUCUGAAUCUGUUCUCGAUACGGCCAAGAAAUCUCUAUCUACCAUCAACAAGAAUUUUUCACAAUUACAUAAGUUAACAGAGAAAAGGGAUCAACGGUUGGUCAAGAUGUUAUCUAAGCAAAAAGACAUUAAUAACCUCUGGAUCAGGUCAGUGAAGGAAUUGGAGAUAGAGCUAAUAGAGAAAUCUGAGAAAUUAGCCAGUAUGGAUAAGGAUAGAAGAAAUCUGAAAAAACUUCUACAGAAAAAGCUAAACGAAGCUACUAUCGCCUCUGAGGGGAUGUCUCAAGCAGACGGUGCAUCCACCGCUGAAACGGUCAAUGCAAGAGCUUCUACAAAACAGUUUGCUGAAAUCGUUGAGUUUAUUCAGUCCAACCAGUCAUCAGAUGACGAUGAUUCCGACAUUGAUGAGUUUUUCGAUGCUGAGGAUUUAGGUGAAGAUGAUGAUUAUAACAAUCACGACGGCAACAGCAACCACUACCACGCUCAUGCUCAAGACGAAAACCUGCAUGGGGCAGCGGGGGAGAAGAAGGGGGCGAAAGCUGAAAAUGUUUCUUCCUCACGGGUCGAGGACACGUCCGUUAAAAAUGACUCAGCUCAGAAACUACUUCCGAUGGUUAGUAACAAUGCCGCUGCCAGCAUCACAACCACUACUAAUGCAGCGCAUGUUGUGCUAAAAGAACCUGGAUUAGAAUUGGAGCAAGCAGUUGAAUUGGCCGACCAAAAUUUUCGAGACCUGGGGUUACAUUCAACCGCCUGUUCCACCAUAACCGAUGCAAUGGAUGCUGCUGCUGUUGCCAACACUGUGUCUGGUUUCGCACCAGGCGAUAUAAUCAUAGGUGACUCAACUACAGAUGUUGUUUCUGCUCCACUUGCAGAAGCCAAAUGUUGGCAAAAUGUAGCUCUCACGGCAGCUCAGAAAGCGAAAAUGGAAAUGCUUCUAGCAGAGGGGACAUAUUUGGGGUACGAAGAAGAGGUCAGGAAAAAGUUGGCGCUGAAUAAAGACGAACGCCCAAAGAUUAACUUAUGGUCCGCAUUGAAAUCGAUGAUUGGCAAGGAUAUGACUAGAAUGAGUUUACCAGUUACUUUCAACGAGCCAACCUCUUUGUUGCAAAGAGUCGCCGAAGAUUUAGAAUACAGCGAUAUAUUAGACACCGCGUGCUCAUUCGAUGAUUCCACCCUCAGAUUGUUACACGUUGCUGCAUUCAUAUCAUCGUCGUAUGCUUCUACCACCAAUAGAGUUGCCAAGCCCUUCAACCCACUAUUGGGAGAAACCUUUGAAUAUGCGCGGCCCGAUAAAAAUUACAGGUUCUUCACUGAACAAGUAUCUCACCACCCACCCAUAUCUGCCACGUGGACCGAAUCCCCCAAAUGGGACUUCUGGGGUGAAUCCCACGUCGAUUCAAAAUUCUACGGCAGAUCAUUCGACGUUAAGCAUCUAGGCCUAUGGUACUUGGCCCUAAGACCUGACGACGGCUCCCGCGAAGACCUAUACACAUGGAAAAAACCGGAAAACUCCGUCAUAGGCAUUCUAAUCGGCAAGCCCGAAAUUGACAACCACGGAGAUGUCACAAUCACGAAUCACACCACCGGGGACUACUGUCUGCUACAUUUCAAAGCGCGUGGCUGGCGCUCCGCAAACGCCUUCGAAGUCAGAGGCGAAGUAUACAACUCCAGCGGAAUAAAGAAAUGGGUUCUAGGUGGCCACUGGAACGAAUCCAUUUACGGCAAAGCCGUCCUAAUACCGAGUUCUUCCGAAGAACUAACCUUGGACAAAUCAAAGCCCCACCAUCGUGCGAAACAAACCUCCACCGUUGUUGGCCCUAAUUACGACGGAAACAAGUUUUUGUUAUGGCACACAAACGAGCGCCCCAACUCCCCAUUUAACCUAACCUCGUUCGCUAUAACACUAAACGCCCUACAACCAAAACUACUACUCUGGCUAGCCCCAACAGAUACCCGUCUACGUCCUGAUCAAAGAGCCAUGGAAGAUGGCCGCUACAGUGAUGCCGCUGACGAAAAACGUCGUUUGGAAGAGAAGCAACGCGCUACACGUAGAGUACGUGAAGCAGAAAAUGCCGCCUACAGUCCAAAAUGGUUUAAAAAAGUCCGUCAUCCAGUCACCGGCCAGGACUACUGGGAAUACACUGGCCAAUACUGGAAGCUACGUAAAGAACAAAAAUUGCAAGCUUCUGGCAAUAUUUUCUAA